GUUGGUCCCUAGGGGAUGUGGAGAGCUGGCGGCAUGUCGGCGGAGUUGGGAGUCGCGUUUGCUCUGCGGGCAGUGAAUGAGCGCGUACAGCAGGCAGUGGCACGGCGGCCGCGGGAUCUCCCAGACAUCCAGCCCCGGCUAGUAGCAGUCAGCAAAACCAAACCUGCAGACAUGGUGAUUGAGGCCUACGGUCAUGGCCAACGCACUUUUGGAGAGAAUUAUGUUCAAGAACUGCUAGAGAAAGCAUCAAAUCCUAAAGUUCUGUCUUCAUGUCCUGAGAUUAAAUGGCACUUCAUUGGUCACCUACAGAAACAAAAUGUCAACAAAUUGAUGGCUGUCCCCAAUCUCUUCAUGCUGGAAACACUGGAUUCUGUGAAGCUGGCAGACAAAGUGAACAGUUCAUGGCAGAAAAAAGGUUCUCCCGAAAGGUUAAAGGUUAUGGUCCAGAUUAACACCAGUGGAGAAGAGAGUAAACAUGGCAUUCUACCUUCAGAGACAAUAGCCACAGUGGAACACAUAAAUGCCAAGUGCCCCAGCCUGGAAUUUGUGGGGCUGAUGACCAUAGGAAGCUUUGGGCAUGAUCUUAGUCAAGGACCAAACCCGGACUUCCAGAUGUUAUCGUCCCUCCGGGAAGAGCUGUGCAAAAAGCUGAACAUUCCUACUGAUCAGGUUGAGCUGAGCAUGGGCAUGUCCAUGGACUUCCAACAUGCAAUUGAAGUAGGCUCUACGAAUGUUCGCAUAGGAAGCACCAUUUUUGGAGAGCGAGAUUACUCAAAGAAACCUGCCCUGGACAAGUCCGCAGCAGACCUGAAAGCCCCAGUGGAGGUGACACAGGCACAUUGAGCCAAGGAACGACCAGCAGUGGCCUGUGGGCCCUGUCCAGGAAGACUAACUAUGCACUCACCUGGAUUUUCAUUUUGAUAUCCCCCAGGUUAUAGCACAGCUAUGCUCUCCUUGUGACCUGGUGAGAGCAUGCUGAGGAUCAUGCGUACUGAUGGAAACCGUCCGUAUUUAGUGUCUGACAAAGGAGCUUGCUUCAAGUGGUGGCUCUGUAUUAGAUUUGAGAAAUCCUGGCAUUUCUGCAGAACAGAUAUCAAAUCAAUAGCCAGGAAUUAAGUUCAGUAUUGAAUCCUGUCCAGGAGCACCAGCCUACCCACAAAUGCCUUUCCCAGUUUAAAAUUAGGUCACAGAUGCCUAUAAUCUCCAAAGUCAGAGGAAUUCCCGUUUUUCUUUUGCUCUAACAGAAAAUUCCCUGUGGUUACCAACUUCAUGCAAACCCCAGCUAAGCAGUGAUCUUUGCCACUCUGAAGGAAGGUGAUUUUGCUCCAUUUCCACUCACCCAGUAAGUAUUUCUCUGUGCUCUAGAAUAGCAGUACAGGAAAAUGGUUCCAGUUAAUGCUCCAAACCCAAACAGUUGAUGAGAACUUGUGUCGUUGAAACCGCCCUGUGUUAUUGACCCUGAAAAUUAUAGGGCUACCAUAAAUGGGACUUGGGCCUCUCUAACUUGGGCCUGAAGAAACAGGACUUUGAGCUUUUUCCCCUGGGCCCUACAAUGAUGAGAAGUUAAUGAUACAACUCUCUUUAUGGUGAUUUCUUCUCAAAGACCAGUGAAUCUCGUAGCUCCCCAGAAAUGAAAGAUUCGUUCAAAGUCCGUUUAGGUUCACAGUUUCAACCAGGCCCAACGCUGAGGUCCCUGCCCCUGAGGAGCGCUGUCCAGGCUGAUAUACAGGCCUCCCGCCGCGGGGCACACGCACACACUAUAUUUGUCAGCCAGAAUUGCAGCUCUUCUUGUUCGUUGAGAGAGCAGCAGGAUACUUUGGGCUGGGUUGUUUAUUUCCUAGAUGGCUUUUUCUUAUUUAUUCAAGCCCCAAUCUUUAAUUUGAUGAAAUAUCUUUCAGAACAGGAUGCUGCCACUGAAUGUAAUUUUGUAAAACUUCAACCAUUACGAGCCCUGUACUGUUUCAGUCAGAGCUAGAAUGUGAUAUUUCAGAGUCUAUUAAAUAAAAAUGUGAGUUUGAAUUAUGCCAUCUGUGCCAAUUACAAAGCAAUUAAAAGAUUUAUUUU